AUGGACAGCGAAGACUCGUGGACGCCAGAGGCAUCCUUCACGGUGUCUGAGGACGACCAUCCCGCCGCAAAGCCCGACGAGAAGGCCCACGCCCGGGACGAGAGCCGCAGCACAAACGCCGUGCCGUCCGACGGCGGCAGCAUCGACGUCGCGUACGCGCCCUCGCUCAAGAAGGACAACGUCAGGCGGAAGAGCGUGCAGGUCAAUGAGCUGGAUCAAGACGACGGUGGUCAGCAUUCCCAAAGGCUGUCUGAGCCCGGAAAAGAGACUCCCGAAACCCCGUUACUAUGCCCUGCAAACGAUGUUCCACCUUCGCUCUACCCGUCUUACCUUCCAUAUACGACACAGCAUACUAUCUUAACGACUGCUCAGCGCAUACUCGAGGAAUGCUGUUUCGAUUUUGCCAAGCGUUGGCUGCCGUCCAUACUCCAAGAUAAUGGCUGGGAUUGUGCUGCGUAUGCUGGCCAAGCGUUCUGGCAAGCUUCCACAAUACGCCUGGGCAUCAAGCGGAUCUCCCCUCAACGAUGUUCUCUUCUCAACGCACAAGCUCUGGCAUAG